AGCAUAGUGGGGGUCCUCGGUGAGUAGGUUGCGAUGGGGGACGACGGAGGCGAGUUGUUAUCAUCGCUCUCGUCCAUCGUAUAUCUAUCUUGAUAUCAGCCCGCAUGCGGUAACUCCCACUCCGUAUACGCGAAUCAAACAGCGAAAUCUCGUAGAUCAAUCCAGAGCUCAGACUUUCUCAUAGAAUACUUUCUACUCAUCUUUUCUUUCCUUUCACAAAAGUUCCAGAGAGACCACUGUGCCCCCUACUAGAAAACGAAGAUGGUGGACAAGCCAAGAAGAUGACAUACUCAAAAGAGAGGUGCAGGGAAAAAUGCGCCAAGGCGGGAGCGUCCAAAACUGGAACGACAUCGCCAUGUCAUUACCAGGCCGCACCAACAAGGAUUGCCGCAAACGGUGGGCAAAGAUCCAAGUCGAUAUCCGAAAAGGUGCAUGGACACAAGAAGAAGACGAGAGGUUGCAGAAGGCCGUACUGCAACUCGGGUGCAAAUGGUCUCAAGUAGGCACCAUGGUUCAAAGUAGGAAUGCCGACCAAUGUGCGAAACGGUGGCAGCACGUGUUGGGACCCGACGUCAAGCACUGUUCCUGGACCCCCGAUGAGGACAGGAAGCUGCUGAACGCCAUGAGUAAAUUCGGAAACAACUGGAAGCAGAUUGGUCUGACCGAGCUGCCGGAUCGUUCAACCCACGAUCUACGCAAUAGAAGUCUCAUUCUCGGCCGCAGGAGUCGACAUGCACAAGCCAAGGGCUCAAAUUCCUCUCCACCGUCAUUACAAGGGUCCAUUGACGAGGAGAUGGCCAACAACAGCCCUGGCGGUAACGAUGAGGAGGAGAGUUGCGACGGUGACGGCGACGACGUAUCUGAUGAAGGUUCCGAGUCCGAACUGACCGACUCAAGAGGAAAAGAAGAGCAUCGGUUGCUGAUUGACAUGAAUCUUCUGUUCGAAGAUCCAGUUGAGGCAACAGAACUCGGGGCCGCGUCCACGAUCAUGUCAGAUAACCAACAAUCACACACAUUCUUGGAAGUACCUGCUCUGGAGUUGCCAGGGAGUACUUUCAACAUGUUUGAUCCCAGCUGCAUAGGCAACUCAGAUCUUUCAUCGAUCAACUCGGCGUCUCUAACUCCGGACACCGAUUGGACUUCUUGGCUCAAUUCACUUGAGGCCGACACCUCAGUAUCGCCGGAUUCACGGCCCUCGUGGUGGGAUGAAGGCUCAACUGAACAACAUUACUUUCAUGACUCCGGCUACGGGAGUUCGAUUGACGUCAAAAUGGCAGGCAUUCCGGAUAGUAAUCAUAGCCCAAGGGCUAGGAAGCGUGUCAAAGGCGAGGCUUCCCCAAGUGCUUCUCUCAGGCCAGGGGCUCGCGCAGAGAACCCGUUGAAGGACAAUGUGCAGAUGGGCCUUAUUACUUUGUCUCUGGAUCAAGUAGACCCAAUAAUCGCCAACGAGAUAAUAGGGAGCGUCCUAAAGCAUGGUGCUGGGCUUAAGAUCAACUGCACCGUCAACAAUCACUCAUGAUUUUCAAGAGUAGUGUACUUGUAUAUAGCUCGCAUAUGCGAUCAUACUUAGUCCUAAAAAAGAUGGAACCGCU